GUUCUUGCCACGAGUUCAACUUGCAACCAAAACCAAAAUGUUCAAAUACUUCGUUUUUGCCGCUUUCUGCCUGGCCAGCGCUGCUGCUGCUCCUGGCUAUUUGGGAGGAUUAGCUGCUCCGGCCUUGCCGCUGGCUGCAGCUGCUCCGGCCAUCUCCUAUGGACACGCCUUGGCUGCUCCCUCGAUUGCUUCAUACGGUCUGGCCCCCAGGCUUAGCUAUGCCGCCCCGGCCUUGGCGCACGCUCCUCUGGCUGCUCCGGCCCUUUCCGCCUACGGAUUGGGUUAUGGUCACGGUCCCAUUGGCCUGGCUCAUGCUCCUUUGGGACUGGCUCACGCCCCUCUGGCCGCUCCCUUGGGAUUGGGCUACAAGUCGGCCUAUCCUGCUCUGGGUGCUCCUCUGGGACUGGGCUACAAGACAGCUCUGGCUGCUCCUGCCUAUGGACUCGCUCAUGGAUGGUAAACGAGGUCCAUCCCACCCAGCAUCGUUUUCCGCAUGCAUUUCGUUUUGUUUGGAUCGGUCAGAAAUGAGAUGUAAAUACACAGAGAAAAUAGAGAGAGAAAGCAUUGAAGGUUUUGUGAAGUGAAAUCAAAUUGUUAAAAAACAGAUUGUGAAGAGUGGGUUUGAUGUUGAAAUAUAUUUCGAUUGAUUUUAAAAACUAUA